AUGAGCACACGUGUGCGAUUCGACUGGGAGGAAGCUGUAGCGCAAGAUCUCGAUCUCCAGCGCAUUGAUGCUAAAGGAUCACGUUAUGAAUCAGUAGCUCCAAGCGUUAAGGUUGAGCAGUUGGGUCCAGCCCAAGAAACAAGUGGUACAACUCCAGAAUUUAUUAACAUUCGUGACUAUACAAGUGAAUCAUCUAGUGAAAUUGAUAUGCGUGAAGUGAAUCCAAUGGAUGAACUUAGUGACUUUGAACCAGAUCCUCAUACAACAUGGAAAAGUCAAGAUAUUGAUAUGGAUGAGAAAACAUCAGAAACAGCGUGUGAAGUAUGUAAAAAAUCGGAUCGUGAAGAUGAAAUUAUGUUAUGUGACGAUUGUAAUGCCGAAUAUCAUAUUUUCUGUCUUGAUCCACCACUUCAAUCGGUACCUGACGAAUCAUGGUAUUGUCCGAAGUGUUGUGAUAAGUAUUCGACACCUUCUGUUGUGAUAAAGUCAGAAAAUCUAGUCACAACGACAAUAAGACCAAUACCCGACAAUGUGGAACCAAAUCAAAACGAUCCGACGGCGAUACCAAUUGCACCAAUGCUUGAAAAUGAUCCGGAAAAAAGUAAUUUACUGCUUAUUCACGCUUGUAAUUGCGACGAAAUCAAUUGUACCCAUUCUGAAUUUCAAGUCUUAUGUCGAUACAUGAAACGUUUCUUGCGCUGCGUCUGUUGGGUAUCACAUAGUGAUAAAUGGCGAUCAUAUCGACUUGCUCGAUUAACAGCUGAACUCUUUGCGUAUCAUGCAAUGAGCUGUACAGUUUCGCAAUGUAAUGUACCACUUUGUGUCAAGCUUCGUGAAGAAGAAAUUGUCUAA